UUCAUUAUAUUUUCAAGGUUUUAGGGUUUUUAUCAGACCCAACCAGCUUUGCCUUUCCCUUGUAAAACUCCAAAACCUAAAUGCCGUGCAGAUGUGGAAGUCGUUCCACCCUUCGCGACGAUUUGACGGACAACCUCGUCUGCGUCAAUUGCUACGCCGUUCUCGAUUUCGACAACUACGAUGCUCAAAUCGGCGGAAUCAACGGUCCUACUGGCACCAACAUCCACAUCGGCUAUGCAGGUACCGGUUCUCUCUACAGUUACAAAGACAAAAAACUCUUCGUAGCCAAAGCCUUAAUCCACGAAUACACCACCAGUCUUAAAAUAUCUAAUUCUGAAUCCGAGGUGACUUCUAUGAUCGACGAGAUCACCGAUGGCGAAUUCGGUGAUGGCGAUUGGUUUCAUGUUCUAAUCGGUGCUUGUUCUUAUGUUGUUAUGAGGAGAGAUAAGAAGUUUUUGCCCGCCGCGGAGGUGGCGGAGGUUGUUGAUUGUGAUGUUUAUGAAUUAGGUAGGAUGAUUGAUCAUGUCGUUAAGAUUAUGAAAUUGAGUUUGCCUGAGGUUAGUAUCGCUGGUUUGUUUGAAAGAGAGUUGAAUAAUUAUAUGGAUUUCAACGAUGUGGAUGAGAAUAAGAAAGAGAGGAUGAGGAAACAAGGGAUUUUUUUGGUCAAUUGUGCUGUCAAGUGGUUUUUGACUACUGGAAGGAGGCCGUUGCCGGCUGUGGCAGCUGUGAUGGCGUUUCUGGCGGAGUUGAAUGGGGUGGACGGUUUGAAGAUCGAGGAUGCAGCAAAGAAUGUUCGUGCCAUGGUGUCUACUACUAAGUCGAGGUAUAAGGAGCUCUUGGCGGCACUUGUGAACGUUGCUCAAGUGUUGCCAUGGGGGAAAGAUGUUACUGUGAAAAAUGUGGUCAAGUAUGCUCCAUUUGUUAUUCGAUAUAUGGAGUUGAAGUCCAUGGAAUUGCCUGGGGGAGGCGGUGAAGUGGUUGAGAAUUUUGAUAUAGAUGAUGUGGUUCAUGAGUGUUUGCAAAAAGUUGCUGCAUAUGGUGAUGAUGAGAAGUUUUUUAAUGGUGAUUGGCGAUAUUUUGAGGGAGGGAAUACAAGUGGUUUUACUAGGUCAUCUAAUGAUAACUAUGGAGAUAACCUUAAGCUUUCUCAUGAAUGCUUGACCUUGAUUUAUACAACGUUUGUGAACGAGGUUGAUGACGAUAAUUUGGAAGGAUAACAUGGAAAGAUUCACAGGCAAAAGAGUAGGGGGGUUGAGCGUCAUGCAUACGAGGAUUGAUGGAGUGGGAAAUCAGAAUUAAGUAAAAAGCUUCUUCUGGAGCAAAUUUUGGAAAAAGAAGUUGGUUUGGAUAUGAUGCCACCCUCUUAUAUUGCUGGUUGCAAGGCAAUUGAAAGGAGAAGGCAAAAGAUAAAUGCUGCUAAGGUGCGAAUAAAUAAGAUAAUGUAUCCAUCCUGUACCGUUUCAGAUGGUGGUGAGAAUUUUAACUCUUCCGAAUUUGGUUGUGCUGGGAAGAAGAGAAAGAGAAGGCCAGUCAGUGUAAUUGAUUGGGAAGAUUUUGCUAUCGAAGCCCUCCUCCUGCAUCAGGUUAAAGAAGAAGACGUUGAGAAAGGGCAUUAUCGAGCUCUGCUAGGUUUGCAUGUCUUUAACUCUGGGAUGAGAUGAGAGCUUCCACUGCAUGAGGCAUGUUUCUAAGAAUCUUGCAUCAUUGGACUGAUUGAAAUUUUUGUGCAGAUAUUUUUGUUUGGAUUCUUUGUUUAAAACAUUUUACAGCAACAGGAAAACUUUUUUGAUGCAGUACCUUUUGUAAAGAAAAUAGAAAGGAAAUUUUGGGGC